AUGCAGAGCCGUUGCAAUACUCUUAGCACACUGCUAGAGAAAGCUACAAACGACUUUAACACAUCCCCUAACUAUAUUCUCUUCUCAAAACUUGCUCACUUUGCUCGAGGCAAUUUGGUUACACGGCAACAUUUGGCUCAACUCAUCUCUACCAAGCUUAAAGCUCAUCUGUAUCGCUUUGUGUCCUCUCUCGAAGUCUUUUACACACUUUGUCUUGUCGAAUAUUUGGUGGUCAACGUCAACCAUUUUGAGGCACACGUCAUCGACCCAUCUUUUGUCUGCUCGAUCGAAAAGAUUGCGCAGCUCGACAAACUUGUUGGGUUCUUUAAGCAAAAGGCCACAAUGGUUCAACUCAAAGCAAUGAAUUUCAUUCAACUGAUGCAGAUGUACCCAACUAACGACAGCUACUCAAGGCUCUUUGAAACAUACACUAAGAUGGGUGUUGUCUUUCCACAACUCCAAAUACCAGCAUACCCCGAGAUCACUUACAAGAGCGAAAGUCUAAGGAAUUCUAUUACCAUGUCUCCUUUACAAGACACUCCAUUCGUUUUGGACGACAACUCACCUCUCCUUCUCCCUUCAAUGGCUCUCUUACCAAAACCCCCUCUACUGAGGAACAAAAAUUUGGACUUUUCUAAACUUCCAGAAAGUACUCAGAAGGUACUCGAGAAAAUCUCCGAGUUCAGAGAAAUUUCGAAAGAGCCACUCAAGAAAAGCAACUUGGUCAGAAACGGGGUACUACAGUUGGGAAGACAACUUAAAAGCACUGAGGCGUUUUUCAACACGGCUUUUUCCUUACAAAAUGAAUUCAAAAAAGAGACUUUAUGUCUUGUAUGGGAAGAUGAGGAAGAAGAAACUAGUGUCGCAAUUAAAGAGGAAGGCCGCAAGAUUGGACAUAUCGUUGGAGUGUUAAGGAACGAGGUCACACAUAUGAAGCGCGUUUGCGACGAAAUCGAGAACUUUGGUUCAGUGAAAUUAAUCGACGAGGCAUCGAGGGGAGUCGACUCACUGUUAAUUGACGAGAAGAAUCCAAGCGAAGGGAAAGACACUGAGAGAAUAGCAGAGUUAAUAGGUGGGAUAAAAGCCACAAAUUUGAGUCGCGAUAACAGUGCGACAGACAGUUUCACAGAAACAGCGACGGAGAGCAUUUCAAAGUCGACAACACCGUCGAGCUCUAAAAUGUCUUUCAAAAACAAAAUUGACAAAGGCGAAGACGUCGAAAUCAAAACGUUCAAAAAAAACUUAUCGUUCAAAGGAGGGUUUGGGUUACUUAAGUACGGCCCGAGCGUGGACACAAGUCGUUUGUAUAAUGCUUAUCUCUAA